AUGGAUCUCUAUAACCUUCCCAACGUCACCGAACCUCAUCCUCCUGCUACGCUUGCCCUCCAGGGGGUGAGUCCAGUCCUCUCUUACCUCGCCGUCGCUUUCUCUGUGGCCAGUUUCAUCUGGUGGUGCAUCCAAGACUAUCGCUUCUUCAAAUCAUUAGGACCCGGGGGACCCUCUUACGACAUCUUCGGCUGGUUCAAAGUCCACAUCCUCGUUAGACCUUUCACCCUCGCGGCUCGGGAUACCACAUGGACUGGAGACUAUCCGGAUCACGGGGCUCACAGGGAGAUCAUGGCGCUGCCAGACCGAAAGGGUGGGCGGCCCGUUAUCUUGGGCAUCGCUCCGCAAAGACAGUUCAGUCAGUGUCCAGAGAAAGAAAUGAACGCGCGCGUACUUGCUUUGUUCUCGUCCUUUGUUCAAAGCAACCCUAACCUGCUGCAACAACGAAUCUCAGUCGUUGAGAAACAUCACUAUGCACUCUUCGUCCAUCCCAGCAUCCUAGCCGAACCAGCCAACACUCCGGAGAUUGCCACCGUCGCCAACGGUGAACUGGGCCAUAUCCAUGGUGAUAGCUCUCUGCACCUUUACUUCUCACCGGCAGAUGCCAAAGUCCUCGUCGAACGAGGUUGGGCUCAACGACAUCGAUGUGCUAGGACACAACCGUGGUGGUUUGGUGGGCUGAAGAACAUGUGGGGUAUUGGAGAUACCUUCCUCAUAGUGUACGCUCCAAGGAACUAUGAGGAGCUUGACGUGUUGGGAACCUUGAUCAAGGCAAGCAUCAUGUUUAUGACAGGCGACCGGGAUGUCGUCAAGCCGUAA